GUCAUUUUCUAAUUCGCUUGUCAAUAUUGUGAUCACAAGUAGUAGUCGCUAUAUCUGCAGUAGCAGAGCGUCUCUCAGUCUCCGACAACAAAUCAUCGGCGAAGAAGUGAUAUUUCCGGCGAUCGGAGGCAAAAUUGAUAGUCGAUGGAUAAAGAGAAGGAUCAUGAAGUUGAGUGGCUUGAAGCUCAGAAGAUAGAGAUAAGCGUUGACUUAUUUGCUGCAGCCAAGCAGCAGCUUCAGUUCCUAGCAACUGUUGAUAGGAACCGGUGGCUCUACGAAGGCCCUGCACUUGAAAAAGCCAUCGACAGGUACAACGCUUGUUGGCUGCCUUUGCUUGCCAAAUACUCCGAGGCAUCAGUUAGUGAAGGGCCUUUGAUCCCUCCUCUUGACUGUGAAUGGAUUUGGCAUUGUCACAGGCUUAAUCCGGUGAGGUAUAAGUCUGACUGUGUGCAAUUUUACGGGAGAGUCCUCGACAAUUCUGGCGUUGUAUCUUCCGUGAAUGGAAACUGCAGAUCAAAAACUGAAGAUUUGUGGAAGAAAUUGUAUCCUGAGGAACCUUAUGACCUAGAGUUGAGGAAGGUAGACUCGGAGCAUAUCUCUGAAAAAACUUCGGCUCUUGAGAAAUGCACCAAAUAUGAUCUGGUUUUAGCUGUAAAGAGGCAAAGCCCAUUUUACCACCAGGUUUCGAGAUCCCAUGUAAACAAUGACAUCUUUCUGCAAGAAGCUGUUGCUAGGUAUAAAGGGUUUCUCUAUCUGAUUAAAACGAACCGAGAAAGGUCAUUGAAACGGUUUUGCGUUCCGACUUAUGACGUUGACCUUAUCUGGCACACGCAUCAGCUCCACCCUGUGUCUUACUGUAAUGAUUUGGAGAAGCUCAUUGGUAAGGUCUUGGAGCAUGAUGACACAGAUUCUGACCGAGGAAAAGGUAAGAAGCUCGAUACCGGUUUUUCUAAUACUACUGCCCAAUGGGAGGAAACAUUUAGUACGAGAUACUGGAAAGCCGGUGCAAUGUAUAGAGGCAGUACACCUGCACCUGUCACAACUUCUCCUUUUGCUUCUGAUGUUUUGAGCAAAGAACCAACUGUAAAAGACGAUUCACAGAACUUAAUCCAAUUUCCUGAGGUGGAAGUUGUUGAGGUGCUCUUGGAGAUUAUUGGGGUUAGAAACUUACCAGAUGGACAUAAAGGAAAGCUCUCGGUUUUGUUCAGUAAAAGCCAGCCUGAUUCUCUUUUCGAUUCUGAACGUAGACUGACCAUUUUAUCUGAGGUUGGAGAAAAGCAAGUUGCGUUUUUCCAGUGUGAACCUACAGGAGAGCUUCGUUUCCAACUUGUUUCCUCUUCACCGUCCAAGAUACCAGUUUCGAGGGAGCUUAAAAGCUUAGGUUUUGCUUCUUUGUCACUAAAGGAGUUUCUGUUUCCAGUUAUUACUCAACUCUCUGUUGAGAAGUGGUUGGAGUUAACAACACCCAGUAAAGGUGGUGGUAAAGCUGAUCCAAAUCCCAUAGGCCUGCGAGUGGCUGUCUCAUUGACUCCACCGACACGCAGUCCAUCUGUUUUACACAUGGUUGAGUCGAGACCAUCGUGCAAUGACUCUUGCUUCUUUUCAAUCAUGAGAAAGUCCCGUCAGGCUAAGAGUUCAACACAGGUUGUUGAUGAAACACAAGCAGAGGUGAUCACACUCCAAAUGAGUGAUGGAGCAACAGUUAAAGGUGAUCACACUGCUCAAAGACAAGUGAUUGGUGUGCUUGACUCUGGUGAAACUCGUGUGCUCGCGGAAUGUAAUGGCAGUUUCUGGUCUUUGUUGGACUCCAAAUGGUCACUUAACCAAACGAAUGCCAAUCCGCUCUUUGAGCUUUUGGGUACUCGAGUGGUGAAAAUUUUCUCUGGGAGGAAGCUGGAUUAUGAGCCAAAACACUGCGCAAACCGUGGAAAUGAUCAAGAUUUUAUGACACUUGUGGAAUUCUCUAAGAAACAUCCAUAUGGAGAAGCUGUGGGAUUGUUGGAUUUGAGACUCGGUUCCAUUGAGGCCAAGGAGAAUUGGUUGGUUUUGCCCGGUAUCGUAUCUGCUUUCAUAAUCAAUACCCUUUUGAAGAAAGGAGGAGGCAACGGGUUUAAUGUCACAACCAAAGUGGCGCAACAAGAAAGCCUCAAAAGUAAUGGACUAAAAGAGGAAACCAAAGAGACUAAACUUGUUUCUACGGUGAAGGCAAAUGGGGAGACAGGAGCUGCUAUCAUAGCUCCUAAAAAAGGCGGUGGCUGCGGUGGAGGAUGCAGCGGUGAAUGUGGAAACAUGGUGAAAGCAGCAAUCGCUAGCGGUUGCGGUAGUGGCUGUAGUGGUGAAUGUGGAGAGAUGGUGAAAAUAGCAAACGCUAGCGGCUGUGGUGGUGGUUGUAGUGGCGAAUGUGGAGACAUGAUGAAAGCAGCAAACGCUAGCGGUUGCGGUGGUGGCUGUAGUGGAGAAUGCGGAGGCAUGAUGAAAGCAGCAAACGCUAGCGGUUGCGGCGGUGGCUGUAGCGGUGAAUGCGGAAACAUGGUGAAAGCAGCAAACGCUAGCGGUUGCGGCGGUGGCUGUAGCGGUGAAUGCGGAAACAUGGUGAAAGCAGCAAACGCUAGCGGUUGCGGCGGUGGCUGUAGCGGUGAAUGCGGAAACAUGGUGAAAGCAGCAUAAUAUGGUGGUUGUGGCCUUGUGGAGGUGACUUUAGUGGUUGCAGAAAAGCGGUUGCGGUAGAGGCGGUUGCGGUUGCGGUGGCAUGGUGAAAUUGGAAUAAACGACACCGUUGUGACUUGAAAAACAAUAGCAAACCGGUAAGGACUGUAUGUAAAAUAAAUAAAGCUUUCUGUACUUCUUUCAUUAUGUACUAAAGUUUAAUCUUUGGUUUGUAAAUAUGAAAAGUUUGUUGUUUUUUUUGUUUGUACAAACGGAAAGUUUUUUUUGUUACAAUGAUUUCGUGUCCGAGUUGCUAGAAA